AUGGCCGACACUACUACUCAGGCUCCUAUAAACGGCAAUUUUCCUGCGCAACACACCUAUCACGACUCUUACAACCACGCUCAUGUUACUACCAACAAUGUUGCCAGCUUCCAGCCAGUCCAGUCCUCCACUCCCACAAAUGCCGUACCUGAGCAGAAGAAUGGAAUCUCCAAGGACGAAGUCGGUUGGUACUUUGUUGAGCAGUACUACACUACUAUGAGCCGUAACCCGGACAAAUUGCAACUGUUCUACUCUAGGCGGUCGCAGCUUGUCUUCGGUACUGAAGCGGAAUCGGUUCAGGUUGCUGUUGGCCAGAAGGCGAUCAAUGAAAAAAUAAAGCAACUUGAUUUCCAGGACUGUAAAGUCCGUGUCCUGAAUGUUGAUUCUCAGGGUUCCUUCGACAACAUCCUGAUUACUGUUAUUGGGGAGAUCUCCAAUAAGUCAGAGCCCUCUCGUAAAUUUGUGCAGACUUUCGUGCUCGCUGAGCAACCCAAUGGGUAUUAUGUUCUCAAUGAUAUCUUCAGAUACUUGGUUGAUGAGGAGGAGGUCGUGAAUGAAGAGACUGUUCCUGCCACUGCGCAGAUUGCUCCGGCUGAUGAGCCAGCUGCUGAGGAGCCUGCGCAGCCCGAGGCUGAAAGCGUAUCAGUAGUUGCGGUUCAGGAAAAUGAAAUCCCUGCAUCAAAGGUGGAGGAGAAACUCGAGGAGGCGGAGAAGAAUGGUGACGAAGCGCAACCCAAGGAGGCUGAUUCUCAGGUAAAUGGAACGGAAGCUCAAGACACCGUGACUGAACAGAUGGCUUCGGUCCCAGUGACGACAGAGGUUCCUGAAGUCGAGAAACCAGCAACUCCAGAACCUACCCCAGCUCCGUCUGUACAGAAGGACGUCUCCGCUCCCGCCAAAGAGAAUGUCGCCCCAGCCAAGGCUGUCCCGAAGACUUGGGCUACCAUCGCUUCCAAGUCCGGUGCUUCGGUUCCUGUUGUGCCAGCUAUUCCGGUUGCUCCGGCUAAACCUGUCCCUGUUGCUAGCUCCACGCAGCCGGUCACAGCCGCCACUACAGCCGCCACUACAACCUCCACACCCGAAAGCGCCCCUAGUCAGACGCCCUCGAAUGAUGGAUCGGGCUGGCAGACCGCUGGCCACGACCAUAAGAAGACCCAGUCCCGUGCGGGCGAAGAACAGCCCGUUCUCGCCUACAUUAAGAACGUCACUGAAAAGGUUGACCAAGGCUUGCUGAAGCAGGCGCUGCUGCGCUUCGGAAAGCUUAAGCAUUUCGACGUGAGCCGCCAGAAAAACUGUGCCUUUGCUGAGUUUGCUGAGCCGGCUGGGUACGCUGCUGCUGUGGCUGCUAACCCGCAUCAGAUUGGAACUGAGCAAAUUUACGUCGAAGAACGUCGAGCUCGUGCCAACGCGUAUGGUGGAAAUGCCAACUAUGCUGCUGGCCGAGGCGGUGCUGGUCGUGGCCGCGGAGACCGUACUGGUAGCCAGGGCCGUGGUGGCUUCCAGCGCGACGGUCGUGGAGGUUUUGCUUCUCGUGGCCGAGGAGGAAAUGCCAACGCCAAAAGUCGCAAUCAACCGCAGGCCGCUUAA